ACUAUCUCGGAGCGCUUAACCUUAAGUGAAUGAACAAUUUCAUCCAGGGAACGGUUAGCCAAGACACCCUAGAAUUCAGUAUGUGCCCUCUAAAAUCUUCCCCAACAGUAGUGGGGGGAGGGAGGGGUUUGCAGGUACAAUCUUAGCAUCUUACUCGAGUCUGACUCGGGUGAUGCACAGACUAGUGGUGUGUUGGAAGCUUGAGGUCGCUGCGCUGUUCCUGUUCUGAACAGCUGUUGCUGUUGCCGGUUUGUGCAGGGCUUCGGCCGAGCAGUGGCCCGACUGAGAUCAGCCUCGACUUCGCAGGCGGGCAGAGCGGAGCGGAGCGGAGCGGAGCAGCUUUAGGAGAGAAUGCGGCUGAACCGGGAUACGGUGCUGCUGGGUGAACGGGCAGCACUGGUACCCUACAGCGCUGAGCACGUCCCCAGGUAUCACGAAUGGAUGAAAUCAGAAGAGUUACAGAAACUUACGGCCUCAGAACCACUGACCCUGCAGCAGGAGUAUGAAAUGCAGAGAAGCUGGCGGGAGGAUGCUGAUAAAUGCACCUUCAUCAUACUGGACCGGAUGAAAAGGGCGAAUGAUUCUAGUACAGAAGAGGAUUGCAUGGUGGGAGACGUGAAUUUGUUCCUCACAGAUCCUGAAGAUCCAACUGUGGCUGAAAUUGAAAUCAUGAUUGCAGAACCCAGUUACAGAGGAAAGGGAUUUGGCAAAGAGGUGACAAUGAUGAUGAUGCAUUAUGGAAUAAUAAAACUAGGGAUAACUAAGUUCCAAGCCAAAAUUGGGCUAGAAAAUAAAAUCAGCAUUGGCAUGUUCCGAAGGUUUCAUUUUGAAGAGAUUUCCAUCAGUGACGUCUUUCAGGAAAUGACACUUCUGUUAACAGUGGACGACUGCAGGAGAAAGUGGCUUCUUGAACAGAUGUCUUAUGUGGAAGAGAAGCUGUACAGCAAAAUGAAAUGCUAGACCGAAGAAAUCAUCGCUGUUUUACUGGAAAAAUGCA